UCAACUCCCUCAAGCCCUUUGCUAAACAUCAGGAUUGACUAAAAGGAAAAUAAUUCCUUUUAAGGAAACAUUUGAUUUAACUCCAUUGCUUCUUUAUUGCUUGGCCAUUCCCCUGGACAAGAAAUGGAGCAACAGCCUGCACUGCUGAUCUGAGCUGCUUCCCCCUUUUUUUUUUAAACUCCUGCACCAGUUGGUGGCCAAAAAUAAACACCAUUCCACAACCAUAUAUGUUCAACAGCCCAGUGGUGAUUCUGAGGCUGGUCAGGCCCCUUCAGUAUUGCUGUUAGUCCACUCUGCCAGAAUAUACUGUCCUCUUUCUUAAGAGCACAGCUCUGCCCAGGCUAUGCAUAUAACCCAGCUUAACCGGGAGUGCCUUUUGCACCUCUUUUUUUUCCUGGACAAAAACAGUAGAAAGAGUUUAGCCCAGACAUGUCAGAAAUUGCUAGAAGUGUUUCAGGAUCCUUUUCUGUGGCCUGUGCUGAAUUUCCAUUCUCCUGUGGAACUAAAGAAGGAUAAUUUUCUCUUGGGACCAACUUUAAGGUACCUGUCCAUCUGCUGGCAUUCAAGCAGAGUCAAGGUGUGUAACAUUGAGGACUGGAUGAAAAACACAUUCCAGAAAGACAUCUGUCACAAGCAUGAAAAUACUGUCAAUGAUUUUUUAAUACAAGUUUGCAACAGAUGCCCAAACUUGCUGUCCCUGACCCUUUCUGGAUGUGGCCACGUCACAGAUGAUUACCUGUUGUUGCUUCUCAAAAGCUGCCCAAACCUCAAGAUACUCAAACUGGAAAACUGUGUGCGGAUCACUGACCAGACUCUGGAAGCUGUGAUCCUCUACGGGGGCUCUUUACAAACCUUCCAUGUGGAUUUCUGCCGGAACAUAACUCAGGCUGGUCUGAAGACAGUCCAGGAAAAAUGUCCUUCAGUAAUGCUGAAAGCAGAGAGAAGUGCAGACAUGAUUCCGGACAACAAACCACGGGAAAAAUUGAUGCUUGAAAGAGCAGUGAGAAAACUGGUACUGCACUAAGAAGGACCAAUUGCAGAAAUUCAAUAUAUGUGAAGAGAGAUUGACAUUUUGAGGUUCCACCCAGUUUGCAAUUAAGCCUAUCUAUAUGCAUAUUGGCUUUGUUUAUAAAAGAAUAUUUUAUAUAUUUCACAAGUACUCCCAUUUCACCCAGGCAAGGAGUUUAUCUUGAUGGUGACAGUCUGGCGCCACUGGUCCUUCAUACUGGAAAAUUCCCUGUGUGGCACAAAGAAGAUGGUAAAUCCUGACUAGCUGAUAAUGACCCUGCUGAGAGUUUUCCUCAUUGUGGUAUAUUUUGCUUGGCUAACAUGUAUGAUUAUGUAUCCAAAUCUCAGGGCCCAAGGGGAUGGAUAAACUUUUUAUUCACAAGGAAAUAUGCCUAUUCUGUCAUAGAAGGAUCAUGAAUUCUAAGUAGGUAACUAGCCCCUCUCUGUCAUAUGUUCACCUUUUCUGCUAAGGCACAUCUCACUCCUGACAAAUGUCGUCACUUACUAUACUUAACAUGUGAUCUGUUAGUGUACUUUAUUUAAACCAUAAGUUCUAUGAAAGUGUGCACAAACCAAGCUUUUAACAUUUACAUAAUGUACACUGACAAUUUAUGCUUCAGUUUACGUUACUGUAAAUAGUAAUGUAAGUUUAACAUUAACACAAGCUUGUUUACACAACUAUCCAAGCUGAGAAGGCACUGAUUUACAAAAAGUGCCCUUAAAAUCUCUUUUCAAAAGCCUUCUACAGCAAUGAUAUAUUUGUCUAAAUCAGAGGAGGAUUUUAUAUACCCAUGUGCAGUAAUAAAACAUGUAGAGGGCAGUGCGCACCAAUCAGACUGUUACAAUAACACAUGUAGAGCACAGUACCACUGUAUGUGGUUUUGCUACCACAUAUUGUAUUAUACUGAAAGAUUACACUGAAAUGGCCAGCACUAUCUUUAUCUCGUCUAAAAUAGGCCUUAGACCAGAGGUUCUCGAACUGUGGUCCACGAGCUCCAUUCAGGUGGUCCAUGGAUAUUUCCCUCUAAGGCGUGUGCCUGGGCAGCCACACACAAGAGAAUGAAGGGCCACCCAUCGAAUUAGUGGAGCCGUGCAGGCAUGGCUCCACUAAUUAGGUGCCUGGACCCUGGAGAAGAUGCACACGUAAGGUGAGGAGGUGGCCUCGGGGGGAAUAGGGGGUAGGUGGGAGGGGGAAGCGGGGUGAGAAGAGGGGGUGGGUGGAAUUUGGGACGUGCAGGGCUGCAGUGGCCAGAGAAAGAGGCAACUUUCCCCAGCUCCAGGGCUGCGGCUGCCAGGAAGAGACGGCCCUCCUUCCCAGCCUCAGCAGCUGCUGUGGCGGGGAGAGACCUCCUCCUUCCCAGCCCCAGCUAGGGGGCUGCCGCAGCAGGGGAGAGAGGGCACAUCCAUCUCAUUAGAAAGGUAAGACUACUGAUAUUAAAAUAAGUGUUGUGUGCUUUUAUUUGUAGAACAAAAAAAACCCUUAAUUAUUAUUAAGGUUUUUUUUAUAUAGCACUUUUAUCCAAAACGCUUUACAAUAGUUUAGCUAAUGGUACAAACAACAUUUGGAAAGAUUAAGUGAUCUGCCGAGACCCUCAGCAAUUUUCAAGUGGUCCUUGAAAAAAAAAAGUUUGAGAACCACUGCCUUAGCCAAAAUACAUUGUAAUAUAGGUCAGAUUCUUAAACAUCCGGGGCUUGUAUCUUGCAAGGUUUCAAAACUUGCGGCCACCUCUCUGUACAUUUGGGUACAGAUAAACUAACCUUAAUCUUCAGUUUAUUGCACAAGACCAACAUACAGCGGUUGCCAUUAAAAGCCUUCAACUUUUGCCUUGGGUAACAUUCCCUCAGAACUUGUAAUUAUAGUUAUACUUCACACUAAACAUAUCCAGGAACAUGGCAAUACUAGAGGUAACUUACCUAAGGCUACUGAAACUUCAAAAUUUGUCAAGAAAUGUUAUAUUCCAAAAGAAUUAUAACACCACCACACACCAAUUGCAAAUAAUCCGACACCUGUACCUGUUUGCCUCAAAUUUUCUCUCCCCACCCACUAUAAGCCUCUUAAGAGCUUUGUGCUUAUGAUAAUGAUGGAUGGAUAAAAUUAAUACCUCAUGAUUUAUCUUUUUCUACAAGACUAGACUUGGAUCACAAGGAAGGAGGCUGGACUGCCCACUUGGAAACAUAAUCCAGUCAGUAUGCUCUGAAGUGGGAAAAAAAGCUUUACUUUAUCAGAUAACUAACUAAUCAUGACCAUCUCCUGAUUAAAGCCAUCUACUGAGCAUAGUAACUUUGUCCUUUUAAGUAUAGGGUGUGUUAGAAUAAAGAGCAUUGCGUAGUCACAGAAGAGAAAUCCUUAAGAUAGCAAAAUCAUCUUUUCCUCCUCUCCCCCAUCCUCCCAAAUCCAGGUGUGCGAUAUCUUUCAAAGGCUCAUGGUGCUACUACAGUGUCCAAGACCCUCCUACCAAAAGCAGUGUCCAUAUGCUUCACCUAGUGUCUAGCAAACAAGUGACAAGAUGAGCAAACUGCUGCCUUGCAGAUUUUUUUUGUAGGAUAUGAAUGACUUUUCUUCCCAUCACACAGAAUGUGGUCUUACUUGAUCUUCUGGGUAAGAUUUUUCUCUAUUAUUUACAUUUAUAUUGCAGUAUAGUCUAAAGGUUGGGCCCCACUAUUCUAGGUGCUUAAGUAAAUCAUACUGCUUACAAACAGCUUUAUGCGUCUAUUUAAUGCUGUACUUUGGCCACUCUCUUGCUCUUGGGAGGGUCAGAACAAAAAGUCCUAGAUGCAGAUCUUAACAGCUCUGGCAGGUUCUGAUGUGUACCAGGGUUUUUCCUUGAGCUAUUGAAUAUGCUGCAGAAUGAUGGCAGACCUCUCUCCCAAGAGCUGUAAAACAGUGCUAGUAGCUUUUGGUGUAAAAGCUUGGCCAAGGUGCUAGUCCCGUGUUCCUGAAGGGGGAGUAAAACAUCUUCCUUGGCAACCGACAAGUCUGGUCUUGUCUCCUCAACUAUAGUGGUGCAGGUAUGCCAAGCUUCCCUAGCACAGUUUUGCCAAUGAAGCUCAGGUCUCUUUUCAACAUCCUGAUUAUCUCAAGACUGCAAAGAUUAGUCCAGUAAACUGUAAGACAGUGAUUUGUACAAAUGAAAACCAGGAUAUCACCACAAACUAAUUCAAAAUCCAAACUUAUUCAAAGAUGAGAAGCUAGCAGCCUAUAUUACAUAUAUGUAUAUACACACGCCUGCCUUUCAUUUUCGUUUAAUACAAAAUACAUCUCAAAACACUGACAAACAAUACAACUGCAAAAAUUAGUCUGAAUGUCAUCAGUACACCAAACAUCAAGUGAACAACUGGACCCCCCACCUAAUGUAUUAUGAAAUAUAUCUAUUGUAAGACUUCCCUUUAAAAGCUGAUGUCAAGUAGGAAUGCCUGAGCUUUCUUCAAAAGUAAAAAGCAGAUAGUAAAGUUUGCAGACGAUACCAAGCUGGGAGGGGUUGCAAGUGCUUUGGAGGAUAGAAUUAUAAUUCAAAAUGAUCUGCACAAACUGGAGAAAUGGUCUGAAGUAAAUAGGAUGAAAUUCAAUGAGGACAAAUGCAAAGUACCCCAAUCAGGAAGGAACAAUCAGUUGCGCAAGUACAAAAUGGGAAAUGACUACCUAGGAAGGAAUACUGUGGAAAGGGAUCUGGGGGUCAUAGUGGAUCCCAAGCUAAAUACGAGUCAACAGUUGCAAAAAAAGUAAACAUCAUUCUGGGAUGUAUUAGCAGAAGUGCUGUUAGCAAGACAAGAGAAAAGACAGUUACCUUUUUCCAUAACUGGUAUUCUUUGAGACGUGUUGCUCAUGUCCAUUCAACUUAGGUGUGUGUGCUCGCCACAUGCACCGGUGAUGGAGGUUUUUCCCACAGCAGUAUCUGUAAGGGACCGGCUCCGGUGCCCCCUGGAGUGGCACGCACAUGCCGCUGUUUAUAGGAUGCCACUGGCUCCCCCCACUCUCAGUUCCUUCUAGCUGUGGGGAAGGAUGGCGGGUUGUGGAAAGGACAUGAGCAACACAUCUCAAAGAACACCAGUUACAGAAAAACGUAACUUCGAGUGCAUGCUCAUGUCCAUUCAAUUUAGGUGACUCCAACGCAGUAUCCCUCGGAGGUGGGUAGGAGUUCUGGAUGUGUAGACUGCAACACAGCUCUGCCAAACCCAGUGUCAUCCCUGGCCUGCUGAGGGAUAGCAAAGUGGGCCGUGUGCACCAAGGACCACAUUACGGCUUGACAAAUGUCCUGGAUCGGGAAGUGUGCCAGGAAAGCUGCUGACGGAUGCCUGUGCUCUGGUCGAGUGGGCUCUGAUGAUCAGCGGCAGAGGGACUCUUGCCAACUCUAGCAGGUGGGGCACUGCAUACUGAAGUCAUGGUGCUUGGCACCGAGUCGGAGCAUUGCUCCAGUGCCGGGGUGAGGGACGACUCCAUGAGGAGCGCUCUUAAACGAGUAUCUCGCUCCUUCUUAGUUCUUGGCUUGAAGGACUUUCAGUGAUCACAGGGCUUAAAGCCUGGGGACCAGGGCUUGCCCCAUCCCAAGGCAAAGUCCUGUUCGGGACCUACAAAGUCUCUAACUAUAGCUAACGGAUUUACUAACACUAACAGAAAACUAUAUACACUAUAAUACAAGAAUUAACUAGUUUGUACGAAUGAGAAAGCAACAGCACUACUGAAGCAGCAACAACUCUUGUGGCUUCUUUAUAUUUAUAUAAUAUUUAUACAUAUGCAGUGUGCAUGUAUGUGUGUGUGUAUCUUUGUACAUUUAAUUGUGAUAAUUACUCCAUUGCCUCUCUCUCAUGCUCCACUGUAUAACUGGCAAAUAAUCAAUCACAGAGACUAGCAUUUCUUACAUGGAAUCCAGAUACACCAAAUAAAGUGAUUGCCAUUUUAAAAAAGUGAACAUUUGCCAAAAGUUACCACAUGUUGAUAUCUAAUAUACCACAGCUUCCCCCUACAUUCAGAACCUCAAAUACCACAAUUUGUUAACUGUUGGAAAAAGUUGGCAUUUCAAUGGCAAAGUUGCUGAUUGACAGCUUUUAUUCAUCAGCAUCUAGAAGGCACAUUCAGCUCAAAACUUGUUACCAAAAAGAACAGUUUACUUACUGUAGAGUUACUGUGAUUCUUUGUCCAUGUGGAUCCCAAUCCUGAGGUGUGUGCCCCAGGAGUGGGAUCCACAUAGACAAAUCCUCAAAGAAAAACUUACUCUUUUUGUGCUAUUGUUGAUCCUUGUUUUUCUGGCUACACAGCAAGAACUCUUAUUAUUGCUCUAGGCAUGGGAGAAUAGAACACAUACAUUACUUUAUCCCAG